AUGGCGCCAGUCGUGACGGCCAUCCAGCCGCCUUCUGUCGCGUCCAAGAUUAAGCGUCCCGUACCCCCCGGCAUCCAAACCAAUGGAGCGAGCUCUAUCCGAUCAUCGCCAUCGCCCUCGAUGUCGACAAAGAAGCCUCCUAACUCUGCGACAACGAAUGGCGCGAAUGCGCAAUCAGCGCGGCCUAUCAAUCGCACGCGCCGUGAACAGUCGGCCCAAGGCAGUCGCAUUUCUAGGAACAGUGUGGGACUCCGAUCGGCGUCACUCGUCGGCGAUACGGCAGUCGCCCAGCCUUCGGAGCCGUUACCAUAUGUUGUAACGGAUGAAUACAUCUUGAAGAAGUUCGCAGGCAACGCACCUUCGCUCGUCGUACACAUGCACGCAACGCAUUUCCGAUUUGAUCAGCAAGAUGGAAUAUUUCCAUACAAGUCGCCGAUGCGUUUGUUCUUGGAGCACUUGCGCGAGCGCACGGUACCUCACGAUCUCAUCGAAUACUUCUCAGAAGCGGGUGUCCCUUUCUACGAGGGAUGCUUGAUUGUUCAGGUGCACGAUCACAAGUCUGUCGCUCAAUCCAAGGAAGUCCAGCGACCGACAUCGGCUUCGAGCAAGGUUGUGCCAUCCUCGAUUCAUAAUCACAACCCAUAUAUCGUACCUUCACCAUACGUUCCGUAUCCUAAGGAGUCUCUUGGUGCGCAGCCCGAUGCUGCAUCAGCUACACAGGAAGACACGAAACCCAAAACUGCAGAGGAGAAGGAUAAGCAGAGCAUGCCGGCACCCAGUCUGCCUGGUGAAGGCCAAAAGGGCAAGAUACCGUCAAAGCCCAAGACCUUCACUGUCGUACUUCACCCUACGCCUGAAAGCCUCCACGCAGACCUGAUGAUCAAGGCUGCAACACCUCGAGGCGCAGCAGGAAGUGUGGAAGGCACUGGCACUGUACCUCCAUCAACGCCGAUUACAAUGGUGCCCCCAACUCCUACUGCAGGCAGCAUGCCCCCUCCCGCCAAGAAGCAGAAGCGUGAGCGCAUGGAGCUUGAUGGAAGUAACAUAUACCAAGCAGAAUCACAGAUUUUGCUUGCGACCAACGCUCCCCUGUUUCUCGAGCCAACCCGAGAUACUGAAGAGACUAUCACUUUGCUCGAUGCGUUGGCGCACCCCCAACACUCAGACUCGCCCCCUCAACCCAAAACUCGCAAGAGAACCGUCGCCGAGAUGGCUGCCGACGAGGCCGCCGCAGCAGAACAGGAAAGAUACAUGCUUAUCUUGGACGAGCGUCUUUCUUCGGCUGCCAAUGGCACCCAAGGCGGGGCCAAUGGAGCGGACAAAGAAGGCCAGGCUGUUGUGUCUACAUUUGAGCCAAGAUUCGAGCGAUUCAAGCCACCAGUGUCUCCCGUCGUCAGACAGGGCACACCCCACAGCAUGUCAUCUCCCAUGCCCGGUGCUGUGCCUAUGCAGCAGAACAACUCCCAAAUGGCCAACAGCCCGCCACGCCCGCCAUCAGCCGUCCAAGGCCACCCACCCAACGUUGGUGGGGUCCCAAUGGCGCACAGCAUGUCUGCUCGCGCCAGCCAACAGAGUCAUCAAGCCGCCACCCCGCGCAUCCAGCACGGUACGCCAAACAUGCAGGGAACGCCCGUGCCUCGCCCGGCAGUGGCCGCAACGCCUCGUAUGAAUCAGGCAAGCCCACCUCCCAACAUGAUGCAGUCAAACUCUCAAAUGGGCCAACACGCGCAAAUGAACCCGAUGCAGCGCCAGAUGGCCGGCGGUGGCCAGAACAUGAUGAAUGGCCAGAACAUGAAUAUGCAGGCUAUGAUGCAGAUGCAGCAGCAGCAAGCAAUGAACAACAACAACGCAUUGACGAACCAAGUCAAACUACAAGGGCAAGCGAUAUACAAUAAGCAGAUCGCCAAUCUUGCCGCUAAGUGGGGUGGUGCCGUUGAGAAUAUUCCACCGGAGCAGAUGGAAGCCUUCAAGAGAAACUGCAUGAUGGAGGCCAAGAAUCAGAUUCAGAGCGUUCUUGCCCAGCGCAGGGCUCACCAGGUCAUGAUGCAGCAGCAGCAACAACAGCAGCAGCAACAGCAACAAAUGCAAGGCAUGGGCGGCAUGAUGGGACCUCACGGCAUGUAG